AUGGCCGAGCCCGGAGCCCCCGGCCCCUCGCCGCCGCCGCCGCCGCCGCCGGAGCUGCGGCUGAUCCUGGAGGAGCUGUGGCAGCUGCGGCAGCGGCAGCUCCUGCAGAUGCAGCUGACGCAGGAAAUUUGCCGCCAGCUCCUGCUCCUGGAGGAGGCCCCGCCCCCCGCCACGCCCCCGCCUGCUGCUGGUCCCCGCCCCCUUCGGGAAAGGGCAGCGGCCCGGCCUGGCCGUGGCCUUGGCGUCCACCUUGGGGUCCUCGGCGUUGAGGUCGACGUUGGGUUCGUCGUCAUCGUUGGGGUCAACGUUGGGUUCGUUGUCAUCGUUGGGUCCAAUUUUGGGUUCUUCGUCUUCGUUGGGGUCAACGUUGGGUUCGUCAGCGUCGUUGGGGCCAAUUUUGGGUGCUUCGUCUUCAUCGGGGCCAAUUUUGGGUUCUUCGUCUUCGUUGGGGUCAACGUUGGGUUCUUCGUCUUCGUUGGGUUCGUCGUCUUCGUUGGGGCCAACGUUGGGUUCUUCGUCUUCAUCGGGUCCAAUUUUGGGUUCGUCGUCGUCGUUGGGUCCAAACUUGGGGUCCUCGUUGGGUUCAUCACAAUCAUUGAGUCCAAUCUUGGGUUCGUCGUCUUCAUUGGAUCCAACGUUGGGUUCGUCGUCGUCGUCGUUGGGUCCAGUUUUGGGUUCUUCGUCUUCGUUGGGUCCAGUUUUGGGUUCUUCGUCUUCAAAGAGGCCAACGAUGGACUCAACGUUGGGUUUAACGCCGUUGUCGGGGUCAACGUUGGGUUCUUCAUCAAUGUUGGGUUCUUCAUCAUCAAUGGAGCCAACGUUGGGUUCUUCGUCUUCAGUGAAGUCAACGGGGUCAACGAUGGAAUCAACGUUGGGUUCUUCAUCAUCGUUGGGUUCUUCAUCCUCGUUGGGUUCUUCAUCAUCGUUGGGUUCUUCAUCAUCGUUGGGUUCUUCAUCAUCGUUGGGUCCAACGUUGGGUUCCUCGUCUUCAAAGAGGUCAAUGGGGCCGACGUUGGGUGCUUUGUCAUCAAUGGGGUCAACGUUGGGUUCUUCAUCAACGUCAAGGUCAACGGGGUCAACGUUGGGUCCAACAUUGUGUUCAACACCAUCGAUGGGGUCAACGUUGGGUUCUUCAUCCAACUUGGCCCCACCAUUGGGUUCCUCAUUGGGUUCUCCUUCAACGUUGGGUUCAACGCCGUCAUUGGGUUCUUCAUCAACGUUGGGUCCUUCAUCAACGUUGGGUUCCUCGUUGGGUUCUUCGUCAGCGUUGGGCCCAACAUUGGGUUCUUCAUCAACGUUGGGUUCAACACCAUCAAUGGGUCCAACGUUGGGUCCAACAUUGGGUUCCUCUUCAGCCAUGGGUUCUUCAUCAACGUUGGGCCCAACCUUGAGUUCUCCAUCGAGUUUGGGUCCAGCGUUGGGUUCAAGACCAUCAUUGGGCCCAACGUUGGGUUCUUCUUCAACCAUGGAUUCUCCAUCAACGUUGGCUCCACGGUUGGGUUCCUCGUUGGGUUCCUCUUCAACGUUGACCCCAACCUUGGGUUCCUCGUUGGGUUCCUCUCGGCCGGGCGUGGCCGUUCCGCGCCGUCCCCACCGGGCGUCGCCGUUCCGCGCCGACUUCCGGCCGCACCUGCGGCGCCGGCGAGGCCACGCCCCCCAGGUCCCCCCGGAAGUGGCCACGCCCCCUCCAGCUCCAGCCACGCCCCCUCCGCCAAACCCCGCCCCUCAAGGCCUCCAACCAAUCCCUGCCCGCUCUCCAAGCCACGCCCCCUUCCCCAAGCGCCGCCUGCUGUGCCCCGCCCGCGAGGAUGAGGCCACGCCCACUUCAGGCUCCGCCCCCUCUGAGACCGCCAGGCCGCAGGAAUUGGGGGGAAAAUCGGAAUUUCCAGCCCCAAAUUUGGGGGGAAAUUCAUCGACUUUGGGGGGAAAUUCAAACCUGGAGGAGAAUUCCUCAAACCUGGGUGGAAAUUCUCAAAAUUUGGGUGGGAAUUCCGCAGUUUUGGGUGGGAAUUCUGAAAAUUCUGGGGAAGUUUCCACAAAGUUGGGUGGGAACUGUCAGAAUUUGGAUGGAAAUGUCUUAAUUUUGAGUGAAAAUUCCACAGUUUUGGGUGGGAAUUCUCAAAGCUUGGGUGAGAAUUCUGCAAAUUUGGGUGCACCUUCUGUGAUUUUGGGUGGAAAUUCCGCAAUUUUGGGCAGGAGUUCUCCAAUUUCGUGUGAAAAUCCCUCAGAUUUGGGUAAAAAUUCCUCCGUUUCAGGCAGGAGUUCCCCAAUUCUGAGUGAAAAUUCCACAGUUUUGGAUGAGAAUUCCUCAGUUUUAGGUGGAAAUCCCUCAGUUUUGAGUGAAAAUGCCACAAUUUUGGGCAGGAAUUCCUCAGAUACGGGCGUGAAUUCUGCAAUUUUGGGUGGAAAUUCUCCAUUUUUGGGUGCGGACGAUGGAGACCCUGAAACUCCAGGGGAGUAAUUUGGGGGGGGGGACUCCAAAAUUCAUCUCAGGAGCCCCAAAAUUCCCCAAAAAUUCCCUAUAAAACUGAUUAAAACCCUUUGCUGAUU